AAAGCGGAAGUGAUGAGAGGCCCCGCAGUGAGCGCGAGCUGGGUUUAGUGUUCCGGUCGGGUUGCGCGGUGUCUCCGCCAUGUGCUGGGUUCCGCGGCUCGGUGAGGGGGGCGGCGGGAGGGGCGCGGGGCUCCUGGCGCUCUGGGUUUGUGUCGCUUCCGCUUUCAGCCCGAGUCGGGACAGCGAGCUCACCUUCCUCCUGCCCGCCGCCGCCGCCGAGUGCUUCUACCAGAGCGCGCACAGCAACGGGAGCCUGGAGGUCGAGUACCAGGUGAUUGCCGGAGCAGGUAUGGAUGUCGGCUUCUCCAUCAUCUCCCCUCGCGGUAUCCAGCUGGUCUCUGAGUUCCGACGCUCUGAUGGAGUUCAUAUGGUCGAGCCCACUGAAGCGGGCGACUACCAGAUCUGCUUCGACAACAGCUUCAGCCGCUUCUCUGAAAAAAUGGUGUUCUUCGAGGUCAUUCUGGAGAACGCAGCCAACGAUGCGACGGUUGAGGAUGAGUGGGCGGGGCUUGGAGAGCCUGAGACCAUGCUGGAGUACAAGCUGGAGGACAUACGGGAGUCGAUGGACUCGGUGCACCGUCACCUGGAGCGAAGUCGGCAGAUGCAGACGGUGCUGCGAGCGUUCGAGGCUCGAGACCGUAACCUGCUGGAGGACAACCUGUGGCGAGUCUCGUUCUGGUCCUGCACCUCUCUGGUGGUCAUGCUCACUGUGGCCUUCACUCAGGUUUACACGCUGCGCCGCCUCUUUGAUGACAAGAGGAAGGUCAGAUCCUGAGGACACGCCCCUCCGAGCAAUCUGUCCGAUGGGCGGAGCUGUGUGACGGGCAGCUCGGCCCUAAAAAUGACUGCGAGGCCAGUUUGGGAAAUUUCAGGUUAAAGUGCCUUACUCGAGUACGUGCUGGUAGCUGCAGGAUCUAAACUAGCGUCUGUGUUCACGCUCUCGGAUUGGUGAGACGAACUGUACGCCCUGAGCACCGCCCCGUUCGCCUGCUUUCUUCUGAAUAACAUCAUGACUGUGAUUGGGUUACGGUGGAUAAUCACAGCCGUGAUGUUAUUCAUGAUAACGCACCGCUUCGAAUGUUCAAUUAACUUUUAUGCAACAGUUUUUCAAAGUAAAUAAUGACUUCUAACUAAUUUGUGAAACCAUGGGGUCAGAUCCCAACCUGUUAGUUUUACCCGACUGCAAGUUUAAAUAUUUUAUUUUUUUUAAUAGCUGGUGUAAUGUUGCGUUAGCCAGCAGCAGAGCGAGCGCAGUACGCCUCCCGGUGUCCGGGCUGUUAGAGGAACGGUGCGGGAAGGAACUCGCAGGUUCCAUCAAAACUUUCCAGCGUAACAGAACAUCUGGCUAAAACUGAAUGUUAUAUGAAGUGUGGUAUUUUGCAAAAAUGUGAAAUGUCUGAAAAUAUUUUCAUUUUUAACAUUAUAGUACUUGUGUUUUUAAGUUUAGUAAACAUGAACAAAUUGGACGCGUUGGGAUCCUACCUGAGCGAUGCUGGAGUGUUUUAAGGCUGUGUGGAUGAAUCCGUCUUUUCCUUCGUGUUUAUUUUAGCUUGUAGAGCGAAGCGGGUAUUUGGGACGGUUGCUGUGGAGUUUAUGUAGCCAGUACAGCAAAGGGAGUGUUUGGUCUGGGACGUGUCCACAAACAUCUCCCCGUCGACUGCACAGGUACGCUACCGUUCAAAAGUUUGGGGUCACUCUGAAAUGUCCUUAUUUUUGAAAGAAAAGCACUGUUCUUUUCAAUGAAGAUCACUUUAAACUAAUCAGAAAUCCACUCUAUACAUUGCUAAUGUGCUAAAUGACUAUUCUAGCUGCAAAUGUCUGGUUUUUGUUGCAAUAUCUCCAUAGGUGUAUAGAGGCCCAUUUCCAGCAACUCUCACUCCAGUGUUCUAAUGGUACAAUGUGUUUGCUCAUUGCCUCAGAAGGCUAAUGGAUGAUUAGAAAACCCUUGUACAAUCAUGUUAGCACAGCUGAAAACAGUUGAGCUCUUUAGAGAAGCUAUAAAACUGACCUUCCUUUGAGCAGAUUGAGUUUCUGGAGCAUCACAUUUGUGGGGUCGAUUAAAUGCUCAAAAUGGCCAGAAAAAUGUCUUGACUAUAUUUUCUAUUCAUUUUACAACUUAUGGUGGGAAAUAAAAGUGUGACUUUUCAUGGAAAACACAAAAUUGUCUGGGUGACCCCAAACUUUUGAACGGUAGUGUACCAGCGAAUAAACGAACAAACUCUGGAGUAAGACGAUGCUGAUUCGUGAGAAAUCCCCGUCUCCGCCCCCUGUAUCGGUGCUACGUGGGUCGCGUCAGGUGUCUUUGUGGAAUUAGAGUGAACAGAAAGUGGACGUUCCCUCUCUGGAUGAAGGAAGGGUAGAUUUGAUUCCGAAACUCUUACACGGUUUGUCUUGCGUUUUAAACUAAACUCAGACCAAAACGAUCAGGCACGGCCUAGACAUGGUUCGAAAACGGUUUUUGUGGGGGUGGAAUGGAUCGGUUGGUUGAUAUCCCGGCUUUGUAUCUUUAACUGUUCCACUCCGGGGCGCUGCUAGAAAUGUUGGACCCAGUGAAAUGAUGUAAUAUUGCAGCCCCCCUUUACGUUUCUGGUAACCCGACGUCUUUACGAUGGUGUCAGGCUCCUGAUGGUUCACCAGCAAUUCUGCUUCUCCCAUGGCGUAGCUAACGUUAGUGCUGGAUUGGAAAGCAGCAAACCUAACGUGGUGUUACACUCUGGCUCCGCCUACACAAGACUGUAUUCUAAUAAUUUUGCACAAAAUGGGAACCAAAACCAGAAGGUUGUUGUAUUUUGUUCGUUUCAAGAGAUUAUUAUUAAAGAUUUUUUUUUUAAUUAAAUUAACUUGCAUAUGAUGGUAGUAAUGUCCUCUCCGUCAACUCUGGGCCUUUAGAAUGGUCCUAACUCACCCCCAGCGGUGCCCCGGUUCUACUGGGCAUCAAAUGAACCCUAACAUGACGCAGACAGAAAACAUUUUCCACCGAAACAAACGAUGUCUGCUUCCCCCCUUUAAAGGAGGCGGAGACUGAAGCAGCUCGCUGAAAUGGCGCACAGGAUAAUAAGGGAACGAGGAAAACUAGGUAGAAGUAGGCAGUCUGAGGAAACUACAAAGGUUAAUUUUUAGGUGAAAUUCUACGCGCCGAGAGGGAUACGGAUACGAUUUCUAAACACAACUGGAACUGAAUGGAAAACAAGGAAUCUAGGCGUACUAGGAAGAUAGCUAGGAAAACUGCCAUGGCUCGUUUUCAGAUAAAAAACGCUGUCCAGCAAGACUGGGACACCUUUUUUUUUUUUAAAGGUGCCAUUUCAUGACAAACCAUUUAUUACUGGCUCUUUUUGAAAUCCCAUAGGGCACUCCGAGUUGCGUAUGCAUGCUGCACAUAAAAAUGUUCUUCUACCUCCGUUCCGUCUCAGCCUGUGAAAGAAAAUAGAUGGAAAAACGAGCGAAUCAGAAAAAGCUAGGGCUGUGCUCGUUGGCCAUCAGUUGCUCACGAUAUCGUACCAUAUAUAUCGCGAUAUAUCGCGUUAAACGAUGUCUUUAAUGUAUUGUAAGCAGAGGGCGCGAAUACAUUUGGCGCCAAAAUUAUUCAAUCAAUGAGUCUCGAGACGAGGCCAUGGAGACACGGGGGACGUGAUUAGCGGCUUGCAGCGUCUGUAGCAGAGCGCGUUGAAGCAGAGCGCCUGAUUUCUCGUGCGCAUGGCCUGAGUAACUGGAAGCGACAUUUGUAAAGAAAAAAGUUUUUGGUUGGAACGGGUUGCAAGCAUGAAUUUCCGUCGAUUUCUGGCUUUAAAUCAAGUGAAAACUGAUGACAGCCUGCGACAGAACCGGGAGAUGUGCAUGAAACGCAUCCUGUAUGGGAUUUUCAAGUGAGUGAACGACAUUGUAUCGUACCCCCGAAAACCGUGCAUGAUCGAGUAUCGCGAGCUGUGAGCACAGCCCUAGAAAAAGCCCUAUGAUCUUACGUCACUUCGAAAAUUAGUAUUCAUGGCCCCGCCCAUAACCCACUGGCGGGAGCGUCACAGUGCUGUUAGCCAAUCAGAAGCGAUAUGUUUGCAUGUCAUGAAUAUUAACGAGUAAGAGCUGAAAUCCUGUCGUUCUCCCGCCACCCACUCCUCCACCGAACUAGAACAGCCUGAAACAGAACCACAGCAAAACCGGCUCACGGGGCGUUCGUUCAUACCAGAGACCACCGCACAGUUCAUGAAAAAACGAUGCAAGGGGACGUUUAAAAACCCUCCAGUGGAUUAAUUCUCAAACUGAUUUUAAGUAAAGGUAGUCACAGAUUUCAAAAAUAAAACUUUCAUUUUCAGAGACCAAAUAGUUAUCCAAAAAAAUAGAAUUUUUAUUUUAUUUUAAAUGUCCGAUGGGCUUCCUGCAGCGGUGACGUAUGUGAUGUCAUGUCGUCGUCGCUUGGAGCAACUCGGCUGUUUAUAUUUUCUGUUUACGUCACGGUUUUACAAGUAUUUUUACUGAAUUUGAGUUUUUUAAUCCGUAUGCCUCGUUGUGCUGCGUAUAAACGCCACAACGAUGCUCAAAAGAAAGCGCAAGCUGGAACUCGACUGCAUUUCCACAGAGAAAAUGCAAAGUGUGCUUGAUCAGCUGGAACAGAGCGUCACCGACAGAAACCGCAUCAGACGCGAGACCUCACGCUGCACAAUCCUUUUCACGUGAUCUACAGAAAGUGGCGUUUAUAUGCCACACAAUGAUUAUACUUAUUUAAAAACUGAAAUUCAGUAAAAAUAUUUAUAAAACUAGCAAAACUACAGCCAAGUUUCUCCAAGCGACCGCUACCUGACGACAUCACCACCGCAGGAAGCUCAUCUGGUAUUCUUUAUAUAAAAAAAAAAGCAUUUUUCUUGACAACUAUUUGGUCUCUGAAAGUUUGAUUUUUGACAUCUAUGACUAAUUUUACAUAAAAUAAGUUUGAAAAUCAAUCUGUCGGCGGAUCCCUUUAAAUGUAGCUACAAAGGCAUUUGGCCCAGAAUGAAACGAGGAAAAGAAGGAUCUCGGGGGAGAUCUGGAGGAUCUACUGGUAGUAGGAAGCUUGGGAAACUAGCUCUACCUCAUCUGUCUGAGUCAUGGGGGGGGGGGGGAACCAAUCCCACCUGCCUUCAUGUAAGAACCGGGGACGCCCUGAGCACGUCGCUAAUCUGUCACGUGGCUACAGGGAGACUGACUCUCUCAGGAAACGAGCAAAGAACAACAAACAAAAUACAAGGAAGACCAGGACGCUGAGGGAACUCGCAGGGUUCCUUUUCAUAAAGGUACGUUUGAGGGAUGAGGAAACUACAGCGGUCGUCCACGAUAGAAACAAAACAUUCAUUUGUAAUCUACACACACACUUCUGCAAACAUUUUAUUUGUCCUGAUUUAUUGGCUAACGAGGCUUUAAACCUUAAACCUGAAUACCGUUUCACAGAAGUUCUCAGGAUCUCACCAUAAUCUGUUGCUUUGCUUCUCGUUUGCAUUAUGUUAACGUUGUCAUGAUGUCGAGCUGUACUCUGUUCUAAAUCACCAAAUCUGAGCAAGAAUUUUAAAAAAUAAAAUUUGAAAAAAA